AUGGUGAAUAUGGAGGAUUCGGGUGAGCAGCACACCGUGACAGCUUCGCCGCCGCCACCACGGACUGCUCUCAAGAGCAACUUUAGUAUUCGCAGUAUCGUGCCAGAAGCGUGCGCCGGCACUCCGGCACCAUCGGUCAGCCAGUCGGACUCUUCCGACGUCGGCCACGCCGAUGACAGCGAUGAUUGCAGUGAUCUGGACGUUACCGGUGGAGGCGCGGAAACGCCACCCUUGGACUGCUCCACGAAUGCAACGUCCGUCAGUCCGACCGACUGCCAGAAGGAUCCGAAGGAGCAAUCGGAAGACAAGAAAAAGGCGGAGAAACCACCGUAUAGUUACAACGCGCUGAUUAUGAUGGCCAUUCGACAAAGCCCCGAGAAACGACUUACGUUGAACGGCAUCUACGAGUAUAUAAUGCGUCACUUUCCAUACUAUGAAAAUAACAAGCAAGGUUGGCAGAAUUCCAUCCGGCACAAUCUAUCCCUGAACAAAUGUUUCGUCAAAGUACCACGUCACUACGAUGAUCCGGGAAAGGGUAACUACUGGAUGCUGGACCCGAGUUCCGAGGACGUGUUCAUCGGAGGUGCCACGGGAAAACUCCGACGGAGGACUACGGCAGCCUCCAGGUCGAGAUUGGCGGCUUUCAAGAGGAGUUCGAUGCUCGGUGGUCUUUAUCCACCUUACGCGCCACCAGGAUGGCCGACGUCGAUUUACGCUCUGCCUUCGUCGCUCUGUCUUCAUCGCGCUGUUGCGUAUCCUCCGGUGACCGCUGGCUCUUAUACCAUACCCGCCGGAUAUCCGGCUAGUUUGUUGCCCGGGGCGGCGACUACGUCAUCGACUACAAGCUUGCCCUGCAAACCGCAGCCUCUCCCAGCGACGGCGGCACCACCGACGACCCAUGGGGCAUUCUCGGUGGAAAGGUUACUGCAAGCGGCACCUACCGGUUAUCCCGGCGGGAUCAGCAUCCCGACAUCCGGAAUCUCGCCUACGGGGAAUCCCUAUCAGGAUUUUUAUAGUACUCUAAGAUCUAUCGCGAUACCACCGAUACCGGCGUCGAUAUUUCAUCAGCAACCCAGGUAUCAUCUCGGUCAGGCACCGGUUCUAAGUCAGCCCGCCUCUAGUACGGCUUCGCCCGGGAGCAGUCCGGAGCCGAUGGAUCCGCAUUCGCCACCGGCUACCGUCUGCAAUUCCGUCCAGCCGUCGAGACCGCUUCCUCACAGUCCGCCGCAACUUCUUCUAAAGCCCAUCACGGUUCUUACUGGCCGCCAAAGUUGAAUUGGCGAUUUAAUACCAAUUAUUUUGCAAAAUUAUCGUCAUCGGGAAAUGCAACGCGAUCUCAUCUCGCGUUAUAAAUAUAAUUUUAUCAUUUACAUCAUUUCCAUUCAAAAUUCAAUUCAAUUCUCAUAGAUGAACGCGAUUGACGAGCAUGAUGAUGAAGAAUGGUUUUUGCUGAGGUAAUCUAAAAAUUUCAAAUGGUCAAAUAUGAACCAAAUCUGAACCAAAGAUCUGAAAAGAUCUGAAAAUAAAGUUUUGUCGGUCGGAUUUAAAAUUUAGAUACUCGACUACGGCAAAACUAUUCUUUCCGUAAAGAGAACUUGAUGAAUUUAGCUGGACUAAAUUUUG